AUGUCUACCUUCGGCUACCGGAGAGGACUUAGCAAAUAUGAAUCCAUCGAUGAGGAUGAACUCCUCGCUUCCCUGUCAGCUGAGGAGCUGAAGGAGCUAGAGAGGGAGCUGGAAGACAUUGAACCUGAUCGCAACCUUCCCGUGGGGCUAAGACAAAAGAGUCUGACCGAGAAAACCCCCACGGGGACAUUCAGCAGAGAGGCACUGAUGGCCUAUUGGGAAAAGGAGUCUCAAAAACUCCUGGAGAAGGAGAGGCUGGGGGAGUGUGGAAAGGUAGAAGAAGACAAAGAGGAGAGUGAAGAAGAGCUUAUCUUCACCGAAAGUAACAGUGAGGUUUCCGAGGAGGUGUACACGGAGGAGGAGGAGGAGGAGGAGGAGCAGGAGGCCAGCGAGGAAGAGGCCAGCGAGGACGAGGCCAGCGAGGAAGAGGAAAUUGCGACGGACAGCGAGCAAGGUAUUAACGGAACUGUCAAUUAUGAUAGUGUCAGUUGUGACAACUCGAGGCCAAAGACGUUUAAGAGUCAAAUAGAAAACAUAAAUUUGACCAAUGGCCACAGCGGAAGGAACACAGAGUCGCCGGCUGCCAUCCACCCUUGCGGAAACCCCACGGUGAUUGAGGACGCUCUAGAAAAGAUCAAGAACAACGACCCCGACACCACAGAAGUGAAUCUGAACAACAUCGAGAACAUCACGUCGCCGACCCUCGCCCGCUUCGCGGAGGCCCUCAAAGGCAACACGGCGGUGAAGACCUUCAGCCUGGCCAACACGCGCGCCGACGACAGCGCGGCCCUGGCCAUCGCCGACAUGCUCAGAGUCAACGAGCACAUCACCAGCGUCAACAUCGAGUCCAACUUCGUCACGGGCAAGGGCAUCCUGGCCAUCAUGAGGGCGCUGCAGAGCAACACGGCGCUCACCGAGCUGCGCUUCCACAACCAGAGGCACAUCAUGGGCAGCCAGGUGGAGAUGGAGAUCGUCAAGCUGCUGAAGGAGAACACCACGCUGCUCAGGCUGGGUUACCAUUUCGAGCUCCCAGGACCAAGGAUGAGCAUGACGAGCCUGUUGACGAGAAAUAUGGAUAAACAGAGGCAGAAGCGGAUGCAGGAGCAGAAACAGCAGGAGGGGUACGACGGGGGAGCCAACCUUAGGACCAAAGUCUGGCAAAGAGGAACGCCUGGCUCCUCACCGUACGCAUCUCUCAUCACCCGAAACAUCGCCGAAGUCAUCAAACAACAGGAGAGUGCCCAGCGGUCAUUACAAAAUGGACAGAAAAAGAAAAAAGGGAAAAAGGUUAAGAAACAGCCAAACAAUAUCCUAAAGGAAAUUAAAAAUUCCCUGAGGUCAGUGCAAGAGAAGAAAAUGGAAGACAGUUCCCGACCUUCUACCCCACAGAGAUCUGCUCAUGACAAUCUCAUGGAAGCCAUUCGGGGAAGCAGCAUAAGACAGCUAAAGAAGGUGGAAGUUCCAGAAGCUCUGCGAUAA